GCAUUUAAUAUCUUAAAAUGAAUGAUAAAACUCUGGAUAUUAAAGUUUCAUUUUGAUAAACACACUCUUUUAAUAUUAAUAAAUACAAAGACAAUUUUUUUUGCUACAAAAGCAAAAACAUUCAAAUAAUUAACUCGACAAGAAAAGAAAAUUAAAGUGAUUUAAGUCUCAUAAACAAAAUAACUAUUUACGUCUCCAACUUUUUGAAGACAAAGCCACUUUUUGUUUACUCAAUAUCUAUAAAUAAUUAAGCCAAACAAACGUUUCUAAAACAUACACAAGCUCACAUACAUGCAGAAUCAUUUUAUAUAUAAAUUCACACCAGACGAAACCCUUUUUACCAACUGUUCCUCAAUCUCUCUCGCUCUCAUCAUACUUUUCUUGUUCCUUUAUUUCUCUCGUCCCAUCAUUAUCAUGUCCUCCCAUACCAAUCUCCACUCUCCUAAACCGGAUCACCGUAUCACCGGUGCGUCCCAUACCAAAAAACCACCGUCUUCCACCGCUUCUCAAGACCAACAAACCCUAAAAUGCCCUCGUUGCAACUCCUCAAACACAAAGUUUUGUUACUACAACAACUACAGCCUCUCUCAGCCUCGUCACUUCUGCAAAUCUUGCCGCCGUUACUGGACACGUGGCGGUUCCUUAAGAAACGUCCCCAUCGGUGGCGGUUGUCGGAAAACCAAAAAAUCAAUAAAACCUAACAUUAUAGCUCCUUCUUCUUCUUCAUCUCAGAGAUUUUUCUCUUCAACCAUGGAAGAAGCAUCUAAAUUCUUCACUCCUCCAACAGCAAUGGAUUUUCAGCUCGCUGGAUUAUCUCUCAACAAAAUAAACGAUCUUCAACUUAUGAAUAAUCAAGAAGUUCUUGGCCUUAGGACGACCAUGGAGCAGGUCGAAACAACACCUGUUGAUGUCGGAUCAGGUUUAACCCUAAUGGGUUUUGGAGAUUACAGCAGCAACAACAACAACCAUUCACCGGCGACUUUCACAACCGAUGGAAACUUAGCUACGUCGAUAGAAACUUUGAGUUGUUUAAACCAAGAUUUACACUGGAGGCUUCAGCAACAGAGGAUGGCUAUGUUUUUUGGCAACUCUAAAGAAGAGACUGUUGUUGUGGAGAGGCCACAGCCGCUUCUUUACCGGAAUCUCGAGAUCGUUAACUCAUCGCCGUCGCCGACAACUAAGAAAGGAGAGAAUCAGACAGAGUGGUACUUUGGUAAUAAUAACGACAACGAAAGGGUGAUUAAUAACAAUGAAAAUAAUAACACAGGAGGAAGCGAUCAAUGGAACAAUGGACUUCAAGCUUGGACUGAUGUUAAUCAUUAUAAUUAAUGCUUUGCCAUGAUUCUUGGUAAGUUUAAGAUAAACUAUAUUUAUAUGAUCAAGAUUUAAAACUAUGUGUGUUUGUGAUGUCACUUCCAAAAAUAUUUAUGUUUAUAGUUUUGUUUUAUUUGGGUGUUCUUUGUAGUAAGCUUUUGUUGUUGUUGUUUGGGUUACUAUUGUUGUAUUAUAAGUUUCAAUUUGUAAACAAAACCAAAAUUCAAGAAUUGAUAGAUAUAUACUGUAUUAGAUUCUCUAA